AUGUCGGCCGCAAUCGACAAUGAAGACUUGGAGGAGCUGUCCAUCUCCAUGCCUGCGCAAAGGCGAACCUCUGCCCGACCGCCUGACAUGGCGUCUACGCCGGUAGCGCCUACGACGGCCGCGCAGGAGACCAAGAUCAAGGCCGAUCCGAAGACGAGCCAGCGCCUCGGCCAGUAUACUAUCGUCAAGACGCUCGGCGAGGGCUCGUUCGGCAAGGUCAAGCUGGCCACCCACCAGGUCAGCGGCCAGAAAGUCGCGUUGAAGAUCAUCAACCGGAAGAGACUGGUGACAAGGGACAUGGCCGGCCGCAUAGAGCGCGAGAUCCAGUAUCUGCAGCUGCUGCGGCAUCCGCACAUCAUCAAGCUAUAUACGGUGAUAACAACGCCGACCGAGAUUAUCAUGGUGCUCGAGUAUGCCGGUGGAGAGCUGUUCGAUUACAUUGUAAAUAACGGACGACUUCCCGAGGCCCAGGCCCGCAAGUUCUUCCAGCAGAUAGUAUGUGCUGUUGAGUACUGCCAUCGUCACAAGAUUGUUCAUCGAGAUCUAAAACCGGAGAACCUACUGCUCGACGAUCACUACAACGUCAAGAUUGCCGAUUUCGGUCUGAGCAACAUCAUGACCGAUGGCAACUUCCUGAAGACGAGCUGCGGGAGCCCCAAUUAUGCCGCGCCCGAAGUCAUCUCUGGUAAGCUCUACGCUGGGCCUGAGGUCGAUGUUUGGAGUUGCGGUGUCAUCCUCUACGUACUGCUAGUGGGACGGCUGCCAUUCGACGACGAGUAUAUACCAACACUGUUCAAGAAGAUUGCGGCGGGCAACUACAGCAUCCCGAGCUACCUGUCACCAGGCGCCGUAAAUUUGAUUAAGAAGAUGCUUAUGGUGAAUCCGGUCCACCGCAUCACAGUGAACGAGAUCCGCCAAGAUCCUUGGUUUACCAAAGAUCUUCCGGCAUAUCUCUCCCUGCCACCAGAGGAUUUCUACGACACCGGUGUCGAUCCGAACAAGGCCAUCGAUCCAAGAAGUUUAGCGCCGUCACAAUCCGAGGUCGUCGUGCAAAAGCUCCACGAGACGGUCGUUGGUAAGCUAGGGAAAACAAUGGGCUACGCGAAGAACGAUGUUCAAGAAGCACUCGCUCGCGAUGAGCCAAGCGCAAUCAAGGAUGCCUACUUGAUUGUCCGCGAAAAUCAGAUGAUGAAGGAAAAUCCGUUGGUCACUGGAGACAAGAGCCUCCAACCUUUCCUUGCCCAGUCGCCUCCAAGUCAACAUGACUAUAUGGGCUCAAUUCCCGAAGCGCUGAGCAGGAGCAGGCCGCAAAUAAUACCUCCGCCGCCCGACCACGAACGCGCACGGCAAGGAUCGACGUCAAGCAGCCAAAUCACAAGUAUCCGUUCCCCGGUGAGCACAAUAGCAGUAUUGCCGAGCAGUCUUCCAGAAUAUCACAAGGCGUACAUGAAAGGCCAUCCGAAACCAGGCAUGAACCCCCAAGAUACUGACACUGCGCCACAUCCCUUGCAGUCGGAAGAGGAGCGAGCUGUGCAAGCACGACGUCUGCGACCCAACUUCAGAGCCGUCCCUGAUACCAGUAGGCCGCGGCCUGAGCCCAUGACUGCGCUGCCAUCCAAGAAGACCAAGCCCGUCAAAUGGCAGUUUGGUAUACGGUCUCGGAAUCAACCAGCCGAGGCCAUGCUGGCUAUCUUUAAAGCUCUCAAGGCAAUGGGCGCGGACUGGGAGGUACCCAAGAUAAGGAGGGCCGGUGGCGGCAGCCAGUCCCGCAGCCGAAGUGGCUCGCGGCAUUCUGGCUCUCACUCAAGACAAAAUUCUCGCAGCCGUUCACGUGGCUCUUCGAUAUCUUCGUCUUCGCAGGAUGACUACGAGAUGUCGGAUCGCGAGCAAGCCCCCGACAUCUCUCCCGAUCGGCGAAACCUCAGGGUCCGUAAUGGUAAUGGAGAGGAGCAGUCAAGGGGGCGCCAGAGGAAGCACUAUAGUGUCGCCAACGACUGGGGAUAUAGCAUCCCCGAAGACCCCUGGGUGAUCAACGCACGCUUCCGCAAGGACGGCAUGUACCCCCCUGGCGUCGCACACCCAUCAUCAACACACUCCUCCCGCGUGGACCUACAGCAGGAUCCCGCCGCGCUCCGUCGCCGCUCAUCAACAAAUACCUCGCAUUCGUCGCUCAAUCACGUCGAUGGCAUCACCUCCCUCCCCUCGGCAGAACGCGACGCCAGCGGCUCCCAAGCAGGCGAUUCCGUCGCCGGCAGCACGCGCUACGCCGGCACCGACGAGGCCGUCUACAUCUACCUUACAAUCCAACUUUACAGCAUCGACCGCGACUUCUUCGUCGUAGACUUCAAGUGCGCGGGCUACGAGCGCCUCGUCGCCAACCUCGUGCACGAGAUCAAGGCGACGUCUGACUCCUCGCUUUCGCUGUCCCAACUGGCGAAUAACACAGGUGGCCACGACGACGGGUGGGACGACGAAAAGGGCGUUUGGCGGCAGCUAAACGAGGGCGCGCUGCCGGAGGAGGUGGCGCGCGAGGUGCGGGAGCAUGGCGCGGUGCUGAGGGAGAGAGUCGUCGAGAAGGGCGCAGGACGUAAGGAGGGGGAGAAGCGGUGCACGAGCCCGUUUCCGUUCUUGGAUGUGGCGAGUACGCUUAUUUUGCAGCUUUCUGGAGAGUAA